AUGUUCCCGACAAUUUUCUUCUUCGUAAUCUCAAUUGGAAUAUCGAAUUGUAUCUUUUGUAAUGACGGAUCCAAUCCAUGUCACUUAGAUAAGUCCAAUUCGCCAAAUGCGUAUUUUUUACCACGAAACGGUUAUUUUUGUCUUGAUGCGUUUAAUGGUCAAGUCAUUUGUACAUGUCCUGAUAAUUCAACAACACGUGAUCAACCGUGUCGAAUUUGUAAUCGAACGCCAAAUCCAUGUGGAAUUGGACCAUCGGUUGUGACAUGUACCGAUAUUAAUAGAUCUUUUUCAUGUUUAUGUAAUGAUGGAAAUGGAGGGUUGGUGGCUUCGACAUCACCUUGUGAUGAACGAAACGUAAUCCCGUCACUCGAAGACACUUGUGAAAAUCAAGGUGUACGAGAUCCAAUAACCAAUUUAUGUAAUUGUCCAAAUGGUUUUACCGGAGACAAAUGUGAAACUCCAACAGAUGAUGAUUUAUGCGAUAAAAUUGUAUGUCAAUCAAAAGGUAUAUGCGCUGUUCGGCCAGUCAAAGCUGGAGGAUCAUUAUUUCAACCUCAAUGUUUAUGUCGGUCGGGUUUUGACGGAGAAUUUUGCGAACGAGAAAACAUUUUGGGAAGUUGUUCGUCAAUCCAUUGUUUGAAUGGUGGAGCUUGUAAAGAGCGUCAAAUUGGAAAACCUUUCUAUAGUUCAUGUCAAUGUCGAGCGGGAUGGACCGGAAAACGAUGUGAAAGACAAUAUUUUCGUUGCAAAUCAGCAGGACAUUUCACUGAUGAAUUAAUGAAAGAUCAAGGAAAAUACUUUUGGUGUAUCGCUUUCAAAGAUGAAUUCUUGGCAAGACAAUUAUCAUGUCCAAUAGGUUUGAAAUUUAAUGCAGAAAAACAACUAUGCUUAUCUUAG